UACCGAAAAACAGUCGAGACUCGAACGCCAAAUAGUUCACUUUACACUACGCGUACCGAGAGCUUCCAGAACAAAAUAAAUAGAUAAUUAUAUAGCGAUGUUCAAGGAGAUUAUCAUAUUGGUGACGCUUUUGGUGGCCGUGGCCCUGGCAAUGCAUCCGGUAGAGGAAAACGAACGCCAUCGUCAGCUGUCCCACCAUGCACGACCUGGUCAGCAUUUGAAGACAAACAAACACCAUUCUCACGGUGACGAGCACAUCCAGCAUGGCAAGCUUGCGGUUCCUGCACUCGGCCCUAAGCAGCACACAAAAUCCGCGGCACACAAGAAGCACGGACAGAGCAAGGCAGCAAGAUUGGCGCAGGGCCACAAGAAGCAUCAACACCUGCAGGCCCAGAGCAAUAAACGAUCGAAGUCCCGCAAGCUGUCGCAUGACGGCAACCACCCCCAUAAGCGCCACACGGGAUCGCGUCGCCAUUUUUAGUCAGGAAGUUCUGAUCAGUGUAUUUAUAUGUAUCCAUAGUUCACAAUAAAGUCAGCAGCAGCAGUGAAAUUCACGAAAA